AUGGCGAUACAUAGCACCGUAACGGUAUUCUCCAUCCUUGUAUUGACAGUAUUGUCAUCAUUGCAUUUUAGCAGUGCAGCAGUGACAAAAUUAUGGGUUGUCUACAACGAAAAAGCGCAGACGUUUCAAAUUGUGAACUCGUCAGUCUCGGAUUUUGUUGCUGUUGCUUCAUUUGACAACACCAUUAAUGCAACUGGAUGGGCCAAGUUGGAUGUUUCAACUCAAGCUGGAGAAAAUGGAAAGUACUCUGAUAGUCAACAAAUAUAUGCUGCCGGAUUUGUUGAGGGUCACAUCACACGGUCCCUGAUGUCCAUGCAUUGGACCAACACUCUUGCCGGUUUCUGUUCUGAGCCUGUCUCUUGGCAGUGCAAGCAGUUGCAGGCUUACCUUGAAAAUAACUUCAAAUGGAUGCAGCAGCAGAUCACUGAUAAUGUGCCAGGAGGAAGCCCCUAUUGGUAUCAUGUCCAGUUAUACCUGCUUCAAAUGGCAGGUUUACAAGAUGGCUAUUCUAAUUAUCCUGGGGUCCUUAACACAAACAUUGAUGUCAUGGGAGUCUAUUUAUGGCAGGUCGGGGGUGAUCUAGAAGAUCUGAACCAGUUGUUUCCCUCAGAGAAGAAACCAUUAAACCGGAAGGACCCCUUGUUCACGGGAACAGGUCACUGCUCAGCUUUAAUUAGGUUGCUGCCUGAUUUCUCCGACCUGUAUGUGGCACAGGACACCUGGAAUGAUCUCCCUUCCAUGCUUAGGAUACUGAAGCGCUACAACUUUGAACUUCAUCUUGCAGAAGGGUUAGACAAUCUGAUUGCUGGAAACACCAUGACAUUCUCAUCAUACCCUGGUUCUCUUUCAUCUGGAGAUGAUUUUUAUGCAAUUUCUUCAGGCUUGGUUACACAAGAGACAACCAUUGGCAACUCUAACUCUGACCUGCUUGUCUACAUCAAAUAUACCUCUGUGUUUGAAGGUAUACGUACUAUGGUAGCCAACAGACUCGCUGCAUCUGGCAGAGAAUGGGCUCAGAUUGUCUCCCAGUACAACAGCGGCACCUACAACAACCAGUGGAUGGUUAUUGAUUACCACAGAUUUAGACCCUACAGCAAGAAACCAGUCCCUGGUUUGUUUUACCUUUUGGAGCAAAUUCCAGGUACAAUCGAGUAUCAAGAUUUGACACAGCUGUUGUAUAACAAUUUAUAUUUUGGAAGUUACAAUAUUGCUUACUUCCCUGAUAUUUUUAACAAGAGUGGAGGCCCAGAAGCCGUGGCACAGUAUGGGGACUGGUUUACUUAUGAUAAAAAUCCUCGAGCCCGCAUUUUCCAGCGAGAUGUUGGAAAGGUUAGAGAUCUGACAUCUAUGACAAAAUUGAUGAGGUAUAACAAUUUCCAAAAAGAUCCAUUGUCUCGGUGCAACUGCACACCUCCAUACUCCGCAGAAAAUGCUAUAGCUUGCAGAGAUGACCUCAACCCUAUUAAUGGCACAUAUGCGUUUGGUUCGUUGGGACAUAGACCUCAUAUUGCCACUGACAUGAAGCUCACCAACAUCCAAUUGUUCAGGAGUUUGUCAUUUUUGGCCAUUAGCAGUCCAACCUAUGAUGACCUGCCACCAUUCCAGUGGAGCACCUCCGACUAUAAUUAUCUAUCUCAUGUGGGCCAUCCAGAUCUGUGGAAGUUCCCAGUGAUAACCUUUAAUGGGACAAACCCUAUGGCAUGA